AGCCACCAUGGCGGACAGACUGCCAGAACAGACGACGGGAGAAUUGCCUCCUGAAAGUCCUCUAUGGACGUAUGAUAUAGCAAAUGGCAAGGCUCUCAACGCAGGGCUCCCGAAACUGCCCGGAUUGAACGUUGAGAUUUUUUUCGGCGAAAAAAAUCAUCGUCCGCGGUGGUUGAUAGUACCUGCACCAUGGACGGUACUUCCUAAGGAAACUACCCCUGGUGGAACAGGCCUAGAGGAGAAACGUGCUGACCCAAAGAACCCCAAAUCCAAUGACGAGGAAAUCUUUUGUUGGGAAUUCGAUCCUCCUCCCGAGCAAAAAGGCGACCGAGCGCUUUAUAGACAUGCCUAUGACGCGCUCCGAGAGGCCCUCCGCAAUCCUAAGUUUAGGGAAGAAGCGAGAGAUUAUAUCCAACAGCGAUUUUCAAACCUCAUGCAGAAUAGGGAGGACGUGCUCCCACGACUUCCUAUGCCCCCCGAUGGUCGACCGUCCCUGAAGCGACAGGAAGCCAUUCCAGAUGCCGCCAGCCCGCAGUACAGUUGGUUCGAUCGCCCGAUGCUAGUCUCGAAGCCUGGGUCAGCUAUAUCUGCCGGCAAUCCCUUCCCAGGGUUCGCACCUCCAGUCCCGACUUUCGAAGCAACCUCUCCCUCAUAUGGUGAGUACAAAUGGAUAUGGUUCGUCGUCAUCAUCUUGCUCCUAGCAAUGUUCCUUUGUUUAUUCCUGUAUGCGUUCAAGAUUCUAAGAUAAGAAGUGUUUAUGUGUAUUUGAGGAUACUUUCAACUUUGACCAACGGCAAAUCACCCCUUCCCUCCAACAUUAGCUUAAGUAUGGACAAAUGAUCCAACCCAAGCUCAAAUGUGGUCAAUAUUUCCCUGGUAGUCUAAGUUUCUUGGUUGUCCGAUGAGUUUCUUUGCCAGGAUUAGCACCGAAAGAUUUCCGCCG